AUGAAAGGAAUAGAACAGACCACCACAGAGGUGGCCCCUGGAGGAGCUCAGACUUCGGAGAGGUUUAUUUUAAGGCCACAGAUGUGGAAAGAGAAUGCAGAGAAAUUCUUGAAGGGGGAACCCAAAGUCCUUGGGGUUGUUCAAGUUAUGAUUGCUCUCAUUUACUUCAGCUUGGGUAUGAUAGUGAACAAUACAAAAGAUAUUCAUAUUCUUCAUUCUCCAUUAUCAAUGCACAUAUGGGCCCCAGUUUGGGGUUCAAUCGUGUUCCUACUCUCAGGAGCCUUGUCAAUUUCAGCAGCAGUGAUAACUACGGAGAGUCUGGUCGCCGGCAGUCUAAGUUUGAACAUCAUUAGUUCUGUGGUGGCUGCAGCAACAAGUAUAAUCAGUGCCAUCAGUGUGACUGUUAGUGUAGCUGAAAGACUUGGUAAAAUUGUUGUGGGUAUAGAUGCUUUGAUGCUCAUUUUAAAUAUGCUAGAAUUCUGCAUUGCUGUAUCCAUCUCUGCCUUUGGAUGUAAAGCAUCCUGCUGUAACUCCAAUGAUGUUGUUGUAAUUCUACCACCAAAUCCUGCUGUGCCAGCAACAGUGCCUCCUGUGAUACUUCAACCAUUGGUACCACCAGUAUACCAAGAAAGAAAUGUUCCAGAAAAUCUAUACAAGAAUCCCACUGGAGAAAGAUUCCUAUUCUAA